GGCCUGGGCGUGACGGUGCUGAGCACGCUGUACUGCGCGGUGCUGCUGUCCUCCAUGCUGCUGCCGCCGCUGCUCAUCCGGACGCUGGGCUGCAAGUGGACCAUCGUCCUCUCCAUGGGCGGCUAUGUGGCCUUCUCCCUGGGCAACUUCUACGCCAGCUGGUACACACUGAUCCCCACCUCCAUCCUGCUGGGCCUGGGCGCGGCCCCGCUGUGGUCGGCUCAGUGCACCUACCUCACCAUCGCGGGGAACGCGCACGCAGCGAAGGCGGGAAAGGUGGGCCUGGACGUGGUGAACCACUAUUUCGGCAUCUUCUUCCUCAUUUUCCAGUCGUCGGGCGUGUGGGGCAACCUCAUCUCAUCCCUCGUGUUCGGCCAGAUGCCCACUCAAGGUGCCAUCACCGAGGAGCAGCUCCUGUCCUGCGGGGCCAACGACUGCCUGAUGGCCACGGCGCCCGGCAACAGCACCCAGCGCCCGACCCAGGAGCUGAUCUACACGCUGCUGGGCAUCUACACGGGGAGCGGUGUCCUGGCCAUCCUGCUGGUCGCGCUCUUUCUCGACCCCAUCAGAGAGGCUCCGGACAAAAGUGAAGGCGAGACGCCAUCUGUUCUGUCCACUUUGCUGUCGACAUUCAAGCUUUUCAGAGACAAACGCCUGCGUCUCCUCAUGCUGCUGCCCAUGUACAGCGGGUUCGAGCAGGCCUUCCUGGCAGGCGACUACACGAGGUCCUACACCACCUGUGCCCUCGGCAUCCACUUCGUGGGCUACGUGAUGAUCUGCUUCUCGGCCACCAACGCGCUGUGCUCCGAGCUCUACGGGAAGCUGGCGCAGUACACGGGCCGGGCCCCGCUCUACGCCCUCGGUGCAGCCACCCACCUGUCCUGCAUCAUCGCCCUCCUGCUGUGGAGGCCGCACCCCGACCAGCUGCCCGUGUUCUUCGUGUUCUCCGGCCUCUGGGGCGUGGCCGACGCCGUCUGGCAGACGCAGAACAACGUCCUCUUCGGCGCCCUGUUCGCCGAGCACAAGGAGGCCGCCUUCGCCCACUACCGCCUGUGGGAGGCCAUGGGCUUCGUGGUCGCCUUCGGCUACAGCACGUUCCUGUGCGUCCACGUCAAGCUCUACAUCCUGCUGGCCAUGCUGAGCGCCGCCAUGAUGUCCUACGUGGCCGUCGAGGUCAUGGAGUGCAGGGCCCUGCGCGGGCCAUCGGUCACGGUGACCCCAGCCGAGGCAGGAGAGACGCAGACGAAAAUGUGACAGCACCGCGCUCCGCGGGCGGCGACCGAGGCCACACGGAAGGGGCCUCGAGGUUGUUGUCCACCCUUUACAGCCGUUUUAGCAGGAGGUGCCACUUGAGAGACAUAAGAUAGUUUUAUUUUUGUACGUAAAGUUUUUCUAGUCCACCAAGUGUUCAGUCCACCAUCUCUCACCAAUAAGGGUGAAGAGAGCACACGAGAAAAAUCAGUGCCUUUCAGAUGCAAGAGGAGAAGGUUUAGGGCACGAUUGCCGACGGAACUCGCUCCGAAUCCUGGACUCAGCGGCGUGGUCACUGCUGGCGUGGUCACUGCUGGCGUGGUCACUGCUGGUGUGAUCACUGCUGGCGUGAACUUGCUGGCGUGGUCACUGCUGGCAAUGUCUUUAAGGACCAGAACUUGCUUAAAACAAUGCAGCCACCCUGUGAUGCCGCCCCCGACGCCCAGGCGGCCACUGCUGCCUCCCGAGGCGUGUGACCCAGACAGAGCACAGUCUGUGCUGCCUGAACGGACAGCAUAUGAGAUCCUGAGUAAAUACAACCAUAUUGUGAACGUC